UUAGUUUGUUUUGUUGUUUAGUUUCGACAGCCUGAGCUCUGUUCUGUGAUACAGUGGCAGUGCACUGCACAAAGGAACUUGAUAGCUUUUGUUUACAUAUGCAAUUCAAAAUUUUAUAUGUGAUCUAAGUUAAGUAUAGUGUUAUUAAAAUAAACUAAUAAUAAUUCGCAAUUAUAAUGAAAAACUCCAUGAAGAAUUUAUUCAAGGGUUUCUCAACAAAAGGUACAAAGCUUCAGAAUGUGUCUGCAACCAUCCAGCAGAAACCAUCCUUGAAAGAAAAUCAAGACGUUGAGCCAAAGAUGCCUGAUUUUUCUUAUAAGCCACAAGUUUAUGAGGGCCCGAGCUACGAGAAGUUGGAAGGUAUAAAGAAGCAGCAUGUGGUACAAUGUAUCCGACAAUACUACAAGAAGCCGUUAGUGAUUCACGAGGGCCGCAUGCAAUGGCUGUACGACACUGAAGGUCGGAGAUACCUCGAUAUGUUCGGAGGCAUCGUUACCGUCAGUGUUGGACAUUGUCAUCCGAAAAUAAACGAGGUGGUGAAAAAGCAGAUGGACAAGCUGUGGCAUACAACAAACAUCUACAUGCAUCCGAAACUGUACGAAUACGCUGAGAAACUAGUGGCUAAAUUUCCAGGGAAACUUAAGGUUGUAUAUUUAGUGAACAGUGGAUCAGAAGCAAAUGACCUUGCAAUGCUUCUUGCGAGAAUCCACACGAAAAACCAUGACAUAAUUUCUUUCCGCAAUGCUUACCAUGGAAUGAGCCCUUAUGUUAUGGGGAUCACAGCACAUUCUACGUGGAGGUUCGACGUUCCUGUGAAUAACGGGAUUCAUCAUGCCAUGAACCCUGACGUGUACCGUGGGUGGUGGGGCGGCCAGUACUGCCGAGACUCCCCAGUACAGACGGACCGAGAGUGUGGAUGUUCCCAGGACCACUGCCAGGCCGGAGACAACUACUACUCCGAACUGGAGCAGGUAUUCCGCUACUCCCUACCAAGAGGAAAGGUUGCUGGAUUCUUUGCUGAAUCUAUACAGGGAGUUGGGGGAGUGGUUCAAUAUCCAAAAGGGUUUUUGAAAAAGGCUUUUGAGCUGGUGCGUAGCAAUGGGGGAGUUUGCAUUUCUGAUGAGGUGCAAACAGGAUUCGGCCGUCUUGGAAGUCAUUUUUGGGGAUUUGAAACGCACGAAGUUGUCCCAGAUAUUGUCACUCUAGCUAAGGGGAUCGGCAACGGUUAUCCACUGGCUGCUGUCAUUACGACCCCUAGGAUAUCCGAGGCGCUGAACCAAGCCUUGCACUUCAACACCUAUGGAGGCAACCCUAUUGCCUGCACCGUAGGGCUUUCUGUGCUAGAGGUGAUAGAAGAGGAGGGUCUGCAGAAGAACAGUGCUGAUGUUGGAACUCAUUUGUUGAACCUGCUUGCACCAAUGAGGGAAGAGUUUCCCUGUGUCGGGGAUGUCCGAGGGAAAGGUCUCAUGAUAGGGAUGGAACUGAUAACAGAUAAGGAAUCCAAGGCUCCGUUGGGGAACAAACAUUUUGCUGACAUAUGGGAAGACUGCAAAGACAUGGGCGUGCUCAUUGGCAGAGGAGGACUCAUGGCAAAUGUUAUCCGCCUGAAGCCUCCAAUGUGUGUGACAAAACAAGAUGCAGAUUUCACUGCUGAAGUUCUGAGGAAAGCUUUCCAGAACCACACCAGAAGAAUGAAACUACCAAAAUAAGUAAUUCAUUGUAGUUUUUAACAUACACAUUCUACAUUCUUGAACUAAGUGCCAAUAAUAUACAAAAGAAGAUAUAAGCCUCAGAAUACAUGAUAAGAUAACUUUAUACAAUCUUAAUAUUACUUUUACAGGGUACAUGUGAUAUUAUAAUAAUUUACAUCAGCACUUUAGCACUCACAUAUAGCAACUAUUAGUUUUGUGUAUGAUCUGCCAAGGCUUACUUUCAAGAAUCUCUUUAUUUGCUAGUUGGCUGAUACCAAAACUGGAUGAAGGCUAGAAAAUUAUUAGAGAGGAUUUAUAAGAGAUUUUUGUGACUACUUGAUAUAACUUAACAGUUGUUUCAAUUUUCAUCAACUUUGUAAUGUAUUUAAGUGAAUUACAGAGAUUUUUGUCAAACGAGUCCUCUGAAAAAAAACAUAGUUUUUUAGAUCUCAUACUUUUAUUUUGUCUUUUUUUUGCAAUCUAUUUCUGGUAUGAAUGAUGAAUCUAAAAAGUCUAGUUUAAAACUAUUUAAUGUGUAAAAUAAUAUAUCUGCCUCUCUAGAAAACAGUUCUAGACUCGGGUUUAACCAUUGACUUAACCCUAUUCACAAAGUGAAUAGAGACACAUAUUUAUAACAUAACAUAUUUUUCAUUAGUUGUAAAAAUGUAUCUAUUUUUAGAAAAUGUAUGUUUUAUUUCAUCAAUAAGUAAUUAAUUAAUUAUAAGCUAUAAGACUGAAGUGUGCCAUCUAUACUAUUAUAAAAUACCCCCGCCGCAGCAAACCUGCAGACUAAGCGAAUUUCCAUUUGACUGAUUGGAUUUACACUGAAAUGUCUACUUAAAAAUAUAACAUUUAUUCUCUAUUUAAAUAGAAUUAGUUUAACUAGUACUUAGGUUUGCUGCA